AGAUGUGGCAGAAAAUAAGGCGAGAAAGAAAAACAAAAUUUCACACACGCAUCUCCCACAUUGACAGUAUAAACAAUAAAAGAAAACGGUACCGAAACUAAUCAUCGAAAUUUAAAACAAAACAGAAAAACUCUUUCCUUGACUUGAGUUUGGGAGCGUAGAAGCAAUUGCAAUGAGGUGGACUGUAUAUCUUCUUGGGAUUUGCGUAUUGGCUACAUCCAGCAAGGCUCAAGACGAUUCCUUUGCCGGCACUUUUUUAUCAGGUUUACUGGAUUCGAUAACAAGCACGGCUGAGGUCAAAGAAUGCCCGGGAAUUUGCGUGCAUUCAUUUGCAACAAUCAUUUGCUAUGAAGUGCUUGAAGAUGUUCAAUGUCCAUCAUCGAAUAUGAAAUGUUGCGUUGAAAGUAACAACACAGCAUCGGCCACCGCACAAAGUCAAUCACAAUCUACGACACAAAAACCAAUCAAAAUUACAACAGCUGCUUCGCCGCCCACCAGUAAACCAACGCAAAAAGCUACUGAAAAACCAACUAAAUCGGAAACAAAUAAAGAAGGUAAACUCUCUUCCGGCAAUCAUUUACACGCCAAUUAUAUUUUGGUACAAUAUACAAAAUUAUGUUCGCUGUUCUUCUCAGCGGUUUCAUAA